AUGGGGAUGAUUGAUGAAGAUGAUGGGGAUGAUGAGGAUGAAGAUAAUGGUGAGGAAGGCUGUCCCGUGCUGCAGGUGUUCCGGGUGGAGGUGCUGUGCAAUGGCCGGCGGCACACAGUUGUGAAGCGCUACAGCGAAUUCCAGGCUCUGCACAAGCGGAUCAAGAAGACCUGCAAGGUCCCUGACUUUCCCCCACGCCAUGUCCCCAACUGGAUGCCCAAAGUGCUGGAGCAGCGCCGGCAGGGCCUGGAGCUUUACAUCCGGGGUGUCCUGUACCACAAUGAGGAGCUGCCCCAGGAUGUGCUGGACUUCCUGAAGCUGCGGUGCUGCCAGCAGGACCCCAAGGCCAGCAGCUCCCUGUGA